UAGCCGCCAUUGUUAACACGUUACCCAUUCAAGGUCUCUUGCAAUUGUUCCUAGUAUUUUAAAUGACCUAACUUUGGUGGUACUAAAUAUAGUUACUCUACCUACGAAGUGUGUUUUUCAUCAAUUCGAUAGAUUAUCGAAGCUAUUAGACAUUAUCAUCCUGGUAGCCAGUGGUCGCUGUUGCAGUUCACCACAAGCUCAAACCAAAAAGAAGCUCUUGUGUUUCCUUCCCCGUACACCGGUACCCAGGGUUAUGAUCAAAGUCGAUUGGUGAGUGACGAAGAGCCGCGCACAGGGAUUGGACAGCAUCGAAUGUCAAUCUUCGUCACUUUCUGACUUCGCUGUAGGAACUUAAACGGGGACAAAUUUGCAGGGCUCAUAAUUUAAUCGAUCAGGUGCUCCAGAUUGUAUGAAGACUAACUGUGUGUAGGUGAAGUCCAGAAGUUGGAGAUGGCUGGGUUCCUGGAUAACUUUCGCUGGCCAGAGUGCGAGUGUAUCGACUGGGGAGAGAGUCGCAAUACCGUGGCAUCUAUUGUGGCCGGUAUCUUGUUCUUCACAGGCUGGUGGAUCAUGAUCGAUGCGGCUGUGGUGUAUCACGACCCCGAGAAGCUGAACCACGCCUUCCACACCUGCGGCGUCUUCUCCACCAUUGCCUUCUUCAUGAUUAAUGCAGUGUCCAAUGGCCAGGUGAGAGGGGACAGCUAUGGUGAAGGCUGCUUCGGCAGAACAGGGGCAAGAAUCUGGCUGUUCAUUGGUUUCAUGAUGAUGUUUGGGUCUCUCAUUGCCUCCAUGUGGAUUCUCUUUGGAGCAUACGUUGUUCAGAAAAAAGAGGUGUACCCUGGACUCGCUGUGUUUUUUCAGAACGCACUGAUAUUCUUCAGCACUCUCAUCUAUAAGUUUGGAAGAACAGAAGACCUCUGGGCAUAGCCCCACCCUUUCUGUGAUUCACCAAGCACACCUCUUUCCUUCAGCAAUCAAACCUCACUUCGAGUGAAACCCAGGGCUACAAGAGAAAGCGUCUAAUUAACUUACUGGAAUUGCCCAUGAGAUGCUUUGUGAGCUGUGUCAACCAUCUCUUGUUUCACCUGUGUCAGAUUGUGAACAUGGAUUCCUCUCAGGAUCUGAAGGCCUUGUUUGGCUUUGAGUGUUUUGGAAACAAAUGUUUUAAAAAGCCACCAGUUUUAUAAUCCUUUAACUUGAAAGGUAAGUUGUAUGCAGUGAGGAGGGUCAAAUUUUAAAUGCCUUUGUCCAGUACAAGCGUGUAAAAAAGUUGUUUUCCCUUGUAAUUCUAUUGUAUUUGCAUUGUACUUUUCACUGUUACUUUCUAUUGUGUAAAGUACUUUUUUUUAUAAAUGUAUGUAUAUGUACAGAGUCAAAGGUUUUGCAGCACAGUAUGUCAGGUAUGUCUACAUCUGGUGGUUGCACUUUAAUUUAAAGCAAGCACGUUUUACUGAAAUAUAGCCGUAAAUAAGUUUCUCCAAAGGCAUACACUGAAAAUAAAAAAAUCUCUUUCUGGAACGUGUGUAAAACCUUUACACAAUGACUGCCAUGAAUGAAUGUCAAUCCUUGGGAGAUCAGCAGCAUAGAGUUUAUCACCCGCAAAAUAGUUCAAAGCUGUGGAUGGAGACAGAAAUCAAAGAGCUUGCUUUGAAUUUUUUAUAUUUUACUUUUUUGGUUUAGAUUUUUUUGUAAGAAAAGCUGUGAUAUUAAAUGUUUAGUGUGCUGUACAGCAUUUUCUCAGAAGAAUGCAUUUUAAAAAGGUAGAGCCUUUUUUUAAAGUGGAUGAACUGUCAGGCGGGAGAUUUGUGGAAGCAAUUUCCUAGUGUUAAAAUAAGACACUUUGGUCUGAGAAGCUUCAGGCCAUUAUAUUGUCCAGAUCUGACAAACUGAGUUAUUUUGAUUUGCUGGUUAACUGUUAGUUUACAAUGUAAAGGAACAUCUGAAGGUCUGACAGGGGAAAUGUGCAGAGACACAGUGGCAUAUCAGAUGAGCUGCUGCAACAAUAUAGUGCUUCAAACCAAGACUGGCACAAGUUGACUCUGUACAUCCUAUGCCUAAAAAUCUGCUUAUAGUACUGUAACAAAACCACUUAAAACAUAUUUGCUCUAUGCCAUAGCCAGGCAAAGCACAAAAAAUGGUUAAAAAAAGCAAACUACAUCAAAUGUACACAAGAGAGUUGUAUCUACAUAUUGGAUGGGAGUCCCCAUUACCUGUAAUGUGCUUUGAGUAGAGUCUCCAGAAAAGUGCUGUAAGUGUAAGCAAUUAUUAUGAUCUAUACAUCAUAAAAAUGGUCUUUGAAAUUUGGAUAAGAGUGACUCAUGACUAGCAAGGUCCCUGGGCAUGACUUUAGAGAACAGAUUGACUUUUAUUCAUGGUAAACAAUGCUACCAGGAGAUAGUUGAUUUUUUAUAUGAAGGGAACAAACAAUUAUUAACAUGAAGGACAUAAAUGAAUCCUAAUUAUUAAUGUGAAUGUAAUAAAUAGGAUAAAAUAGUUAAGCUUACCGUUA